AUGGACAUGCAGCAUCAUCUACGUCGCCAGCGCAACAUCAUCAUCGAUCGUCGUGACUUCAACACGCGCGUGCAGCAGCAGGGCGAGACAUUCGACGAGUUUCUCUGCACGCUGAGGGAGACAGCGUCAUUCCGCGACUUCUGCACAUUUUGCACCGAUGACCGGCCCCGAGACCGGCUGGUGGCCGGCGUUCAAGAUGAAGACGCCAGGCGCCGGAUGCUGGAGAUGCCGGAGCUGACGCUGCAGUCGGCAGCCCACAUCUGCCGUGUGUCUGAGAACGCCAGCAGCAGCACGUUCGGCAUCAGGCAGAGCAAUCUGACACCACCGACAACCAGGCUGCUCAGCGCGGACAGCAGGGAGGUGCAGUGUUUCGGCACCUGCAGCCUCACACUCCGGCUCGGGCGAGUUCAACACACCGUGGAGGCGGCGGUCGUGAAGAUGCUGAAUGGCCCGUUGCCCUCGUGGCACGACAACAUCAAGCUCGGCAUUCUUCCCGAGAACUACCCUCAGCAGAUAAAGGCGAUGACGAUGACUGCAGCUGCUGGAGAUGCUGUUGGAGAUGCUGCUGGAGUUGCUGCUGAAGAGGAUGUCGACCGGGGGGAAGCCGAUGACGACCAUAUAUCUUCAGCACGAGAUAACCGAUGUGUGAAGACAACGACGCAGAAGAUGCCGCCACGGUGGAAUCCCAAGACGGUGGGAGCGGCAUCUCGCGGAGUACCGCCGCUCCACGAGAGACAGGAGCACUUCAGUCAAAUGAAGGCCGCCUUCCCGCGGGUGUUUGAUGCUUCAGGUCCCCUGCGGGAGAUGGCUGGCGGAAAAAUGAAGAUCGAGCUCACGGAAGAUGCCGUCCCGUUCGCGACCCACGCCCCUCGCGCCAUCCCGUUCUGUUGGCGUGAUGGGGUACGGGAGCAGCUUGACGACAUGAUACGGAAGGAAGUCAUCGAGCCAGUGGAUCAUCCGACGCUCUGGUGCCAUCCUCUGGUGCCAGUGCCCAAGACGUCAGAGAGCGGAGCGGUGUCUGGAUGUCGCCUGACUGUCGACUUCACCAGGCUGAACAAGUUUGUAAAGAGACCCGUGCAUCCCUUGAGAAGCACGCACGACGCGGUGGCAUCCAUCGGCACAGAGGCCAGAUUCUUCACCAAGCUCGACGCAAAGGCCGGCUAUCAUCAGAUCCCCAUCAGAGAGGAGGACAAGGACCUCACCACCUUCAUAGGGCCGUGGGGACGGUUCCGGUUCCGGAGGGCGGUCAUGGGACUGGUCUCCUCUGGUGACGUCUACGACCAGAGAGGCGACUAA